AACUACUUCCUUCAGAAUAUCUUCAAAACCACCAUAACCCAAGACUUCUCCGCUCCAUCCAUGCCCGUGACCCUCAACGAGCCACUCUCUCAACUCCAACGGCAUGCAGAAGAUCUGGAAUACGCUGAACUAAUCAACAGAGCUGUCGACCUCAAAGAUUCUGUUAAAAGAUUGCUUUACGUCGCCUCUUUUGCUUGCAGCAAACAUGUCUCAGCAUCUUCCUUAUACACCAGAUCGUUCAACCCCCUGCUAGGUGAGACAUACGAAUUCGUCGAUCCAAAAAAGAAGUACAGAUACUUCGCUGAACAGAUUCAGCACCAUCCACCUAUGUUAGCGAUCUGUGCAGAGUCCCCGAGAUGGACGUAUCACGGUGAAGCUGCGACUCGGAAUGUGUUAAGGAUGACGGCUAUCGAUGUUAAUCAUAUCGGGACUUGGUUUCUUACCCUACGAUUAUUGGAUGGGACGGAGGAGUUGUAUACGUGGAGGAAGCCGGGGAUGGUUGUCAAAAUGCCUUUGGUCUCUGGGGAGCCGGUUAUUGAGGAGUAUGGAGCUGUUAAUGUAAGGAACUGGAGUACGGGCGAGGUGUGUACGAUUGAUGGUUUCAAAGUUGAUGCUGGCAGUGAGUUCAGGGGCAAAGUUUUCAAUGAGCUGGGGAGAUUGUGUGCGGAAUUGUCAGGGUGUUGGAACGAGACUAUUGUUGGCAACGUAUUUGCAGACACCGAAAGGAAAGAGGAAUUUCAAAAAUUUCAGAUCUGGGAAUCUAAUCGUCGCCGAGCCAAUAGGGUAGAUUGUCUCACGCCCUUUCUGGUUGGCCUGAACGAUAUUCCUAGAAAGUUGAGAAAUUAUAUACCACCAACGGAUUCGAGAUUAAGGCCGGAUCAAAGAGCUUUAGAGGAUGGACAGUGUGAAUUUGCUGAUGUGGAGAAAAAGCGAUUGGAAGACCUUCAGAGGAAAAGACAGAGGCGCAGAAAAGAAGAUAAGUUGGAUUACGCUCCACGGUGGUUUAAGCGCGAGAAAUGUAUAGUUACGGGUGAGGAUCAUUGGAGUUGUGAUAGGGAGUAUUGGAGAGAGCGGGAAAGGAGCAAUGAAGAGAGAUGGAAAAGCGUCGAGAAUAUAUUUACAGCUUAGAAAGGUGCGCAAAGUCUCGUCUUGUAUUUGUGAAGGCUGUUUCAUGUUCGUGUAGCUAUCUAAUCAAGAUAGCUUGAAUACCACAUAUUC